GUUCCACUGGAUCAGGAAGGUUCUGCUGCGAGGCGGCGCGGAGAGUUACACUGCGCCUUUGAUCACAGCCCGCGAGCGCUUUGAUCCGACCCAGUGACGCUGGUCCGCGGCGUCAUCACACAGAUGUGGACCCGCUGCUCCGGAGCUGCCCAGCCGAGGUGAAGGGGAGGGCAGAGGAUCCCAGUUCAGCCUGAGUGUGGAUGACCUGCUGUGGGAAACACGACCAUGAUCUGAAGAGGGCGCCGCACACCGAACCCCGUUUCUCCUCUCCUCCUUCUCCCUCUUUUUCUUUUUUUGGGGGUUUUGUUUUUCAUUCUACCCGGUGACAGCCUCUCGGCCCGGUCGCCUCCGACAGAGUCCGCGUGCACGGAGAGAAAAAACUGAUCCCAGGCUUCAGGAGGAGGAAGACACACAACACAACACUCACCUGUGACCUCUGACCUCUGACCUCACCGCUUCCCCUGCUCCUCCCACCGCAACACCGCAAACAUGGGGAGGAAAAAGAUUCAGAUCCAGAGGAUCACGGACGAGCGCAACAGACAGGUGACGUUCACCAAGCGGAAGUUCGGUCUGAUGAAGAAGGCGUACGAGCUGAGCGUCCUGUGCGACUGUGAGAUCGCCCUCAUCAUCUUCAACCACUCCAACAAGCUGUUCCAGUACGCCAGCACCGACAUGGACAAGGUCCUGCUCAAGUACACCGAGUACAACGAGCCGCACGAGAGCCGGACCAACGCCGACAUCAUCGAGAUUGUUCACACCGUCAUUACCCAGAAACCUCUACAACAGCAUCAAGCCAAAGAACGACACCUCGAGCCGAUUCCACCUCGGCACAAAAUGGCCACCGGAGAGAGGAAGAGCCUUCCGAGGAAAACACAAUGUUUGUUGGUUUGCAUAUGGAGUGGAAGAGGGGUCAGCGCUGGGGUUAGCAGAGAGGCUGUGAGGGCAAACGUGUAGUUCUGUUUUCAUGUUGCAGUAAUAAGAAGAAUCAUUUUUUCCCUCACGUCUUUGCUCCCUGUGGGAACAAGCUUCUCUGGAGCUCGUCAGGCGAGCGCGGAGCACAUUCACACGCCUUGCUGACCCUUUUAUUCAUAAUGGCCCUCUCAUGAAUUGAACACGAGAUGGUUGGGUAUGAUUCAGCGAGCCGUGCACGCUGCAGCGCGGCACUUAGGCUUCAUAUGGAGCGUCGACUUAAAGCUGCUUCUACACGUACAGCUGCAGGAGCUGAGCAGCGCUCGGCCUCAGACGCUGUCAACACGAGUCCUGGAGAAUUUUCUGUUUUGUCUAAUUGGCCACAUUAUUUAGGAAAACGUGUGUUAGCGGGGGCCACUGUCAUAUUACAUGUCGGCAAUAAUGUAAAAUGCUGUUAUCAGCUGCUUCUGCACCAUCACCUGCUGAAUAAUUCAACCUCUCACUCUUUAUUUACUCCUCAUAAGAACAAGGCAAUAACGACUGGCUGUGUCCCAGGAGAGGUGACCUUUGACCCUGGAUGACGAGCUUUGCUUCCCACUCUCAGGCUUCUUUUUGUAAAUUAAAUCUUGUUAUUGGAAGAAGCCCAGAGGCUUCAGAUAUUGUUUGGUUCAACCUGAGAACUUCUUCUGACCUCUGACCUCUUACUGCUGGUGUGAGCCUUCUUUCUCUUGUUUGAAGCUACACACACACACACACACACACACACACACGCACACACACACACACUCCUGUAAAUCGGUUGCUAGCUGGUGUAAUGAUGCUUCCUGACCCAGCUGAGCGCAGGGAGGCUGUAUAACGACAUCAUAUCCUGUCACUAAGCUCUGAUCCUUCCUCCUUCCUGCUCUGACCAGGUUCUUCUGUUCAGUUCAGCAGCACAAGAAGCAAACAGCUUUUUUUACCAGUCCUCAAUCUGAAAUGUAUUCACUCUCCUUAGAGAAGCUGCUUCAAGGAUGAGGAGUCUUCAAAAUGUCACAGAGCAGCUGAGAUGUUGGAUUCGUCCAAUCAGGACUCGAGUCUAAUAAUCACAGGAAGUGUCUGUGAAGCAGUUUGGGGUUCGUGUGAGCUGAAGGCAACAUGGAGGCUGUCGUAUUCUUCACCUCCACCUCGCUCUGCCUCUUUCCAUCCUUCCUCUCACUCUGCACUCGCUCUCUCCUUCCUCCUAAUCUCCAGAUUCUCUUGGUCACGACAGUUUUCACUUCUUCCCUUUCUCUUCCUGUCCGUCUCAGAGUGUCAGCAGUAAAGCUCUUUCUCUAGGCUGUAUCUCCAGCUGCAGAUGGCUCUGGUGUGUGUGUGUGUCUGUGUGUGUGUGUGUGUUUUUGUGUGUGUGCGUGUGGCAGGGCGUCGGGCUGCUCCAGGCCACAUCAGCUCAAGCUCCACUGGCCCUGUUUGUGUGCGUACAUGUGUUUGUGUUUUCAAGUGUGUCACUCUGUCUCUUUCUUUCUCUUAAUGUGUGUGUGUGUGUGUGCGCGUGUGUGUGUGUGUCUCUUAGUUUGCACGCUCUGCAGUGGCCCAUGAGAACGCCUCAUACAAUAUUCAGGCCUGGUGAGCCUCUCGGUUGUGUGUCAGCCUCUGUGUGUGUGUGUGUGUGUGUGUGUCCUACAUGGGAACUUCUCUACUAUAGC